CUCCAUCAUUCAUGUAUCCUUCAUGUUCAAUGUUUCUCAACAUAUUUCUCUUAUAAAAUCACUUGACUUAAUUCUCUGUUUAUUGUAAGUUAGCCAUGAGUAACCGGCGUCCCGUGAUCCGAAAACUGAUCACUCCUGGAACAAGUCCAACAAGUCCAACAAGUUUAACAAGUCCUUUGGAGCUUAAAGUUUUGUCACCUACGGGUGUUAUAAACCGGAAUAUGGGUGGGAUUGGACUGGGUAUAGUUGCGGCCCUCGAAAGGGCUGAAUUUAGUGGCAUGGGCCGAAUGUGGUCUCACGCGAAUCCGGUGUCUCGGUUGAGGAUUGUUGGUGAUAGGGGAAAGGUUACUAAAGGUGGUGGGAAAGGUUGCAUUUUUAAUAUUUCACCUGGUGAUGAUGAUAUGAGGCUGCCUCAACCUGAUGGUUUUUUGAAUUCAUGCCAUUUGUGUAACAAAAGACUGCAUGGCAAAGAUAUAUAUAUGUACAGGGGAGAGAAAGCAUUUUGCAGCCCAGAAUGUAGGAGCAGACAGAUAGGCAUGGAUGAGAGACCGGAGAAAUAUUGUAGCUCACAAGCGUCUUCCAGUGGCGCUAGUCGAGUGAUGGCGACUGGGAUUUUUGCGAUUUAGCCGAACAUAGAAGCGUGCUCAAGCAUGAAGCGUGAUAGUGACAUAAGUUUGAUCACAUGUAUCAUCCAAGAUCGCGAGAUCUGGGCAUGAUGAAUCAUAUUUUGUGUACAUAGGGGGUCGUAUAAGUGAGAAGUUUGAAGAACAUCAUGUUCAAGAUUUUCUUUGUUAAAUUCUGGACUGGAUAUAUGCAUCCAUGAUCCAUACAUAAAUCAAUACUUCCUUUUAACAUAAGGAUGUGAUUCUAAUAACAUUGGAAAGAAAAAGAAGAGAGUCAGAUCUAAUGUUCAUAUCUAAAA